GCAGAAUUCUGUUUCAACGACAUAUCUUCUGUGAGGUCAUUUAUAAUUCGAGCCCGCACGUCCUUGUGUUCUACUCUCCUUGCCAGACAUGACUCUUUCAAGAUGUCAGCUUAAACUAGGUAUUUCCCAAGGACACGUUCUCUACUAGGCGUAUUCUCACUCUCGAAUCUUCCUAUAUCUACCGCCAUGGGGCUUCCUGAUCCUACCAUCAACCUAUCCAGAAGGAUGAGAGAACGCGCUGAUGCCUCAUUUCAAUAUGGCAACAAAUGACCUACCUCCAAUCACUUGUGCGCCAGAGCUUGAUGACUGUAAUGUUAUGACUGUCCUUAGGACUGAUCUAGAUCGAUGGAUAUGUAUUGAUGAGAGUGCUGGGGAGGGCAUUACUAGGGAAAAUACUAGCCGCUUCCUGCCGUGGCCACCUCGACGAGGUAGGGAGCUGCUGGCUACCAAGGAUAGUGUCAUUGAGGCGCAGGCGAAAGGGGUCCUUGGAGGGCGUGAUGGCGUAGUGUGAGGUAAAAUCUAAUCUUUUCUAUAACAGCAUCGAAACACUUUGAACGGACACCCAACAACUCCCGUCGUUCAUCAUGGUUGCCCGUCGAUUUGGGGGGCUAGGUCUCAGCACAACACAGGGGUCCCCUGCCAAAGCCCACUGAGCUUACGAACACUUUAGUUCUUAAGAAAUGCAACUCAUGGAUGAGC